CCCUAAAACUGACCCAUCUCCACGUCAUAGCCCCGCCCAUGCAAUCCCAGAAGCUGCCCCUGCGGUUUGUAAUAAAGACAGGGGUGAUGGAGGGAACCUGCACAAACAUGACACUCACUCCUUGCAGUGCCCUCACUAGGAUUAAACUAAACCCCAGCAAUGACACCCCGGAGCUGUAUUCCCCCUGUAUCCGCCCUUCCCCCACGUGUAUUUAGCGGAAAUAACACGCGUCAUUCUGCUCCGAGACACCAGAUCCCUGAGGGACAGAGGCACUUCCUCAAACAUCUCGGAAAAAAUACACUGAACGUAAGAAACGGCUGUCGGAGUCCUCCCUCAAAAGCGCCUAGUUACUAAACAAGCCACCUCAGACGCGGCCAUAUUGAAAUACACCCUGCGCAUGCGCAAAACACUGCGCAUUCCAAGCUGCCAGAACGCGCACGCAAGAAGGGGAGUGGCGCUGUCUACCGCUGUCAUCAGAUUCCCGGAGACCUUCUUUAUGUAACUAAGAGGGGCAGCCCAUGUAACUGCAGUUGUGUCAUUUGCUCAUGAUCUCUCUGGAAUACAAUAUACAAGUCAAGGGAAGACGUAAUAAGGAUCCCCCCAUUUUCGUGUGUUGGGGAAACUUGAAUAUAGAAGACACUGAGAUCAGCCAACGCUCCCAGGAUUGAGGAGUCUACAGACGGCACAACCAGUUGGAUUUUCUUAUUUACAUUCUCUGGCCUAAGAAGGUCCGGGAUUGCUGAAUUAUCUCACUGCUUCCAUCAUCCACAGGAAUCUCCAGCUAACACUCUGCUACUCCUACACCCAUCUCAGUUCUGGGGACAAGUUGCUUUGCCACCUUUAUGUCCUUUUCAGGAGUAACAAAUCCCAUUGCCAACUGAAUCAGCAAAGGGAAUGCUUGGAUUGAACUAAAAUAACUUCAUUAGGCAUGACCUGUGCCAUUUUGUUUAAAGAACAUAAUGCAGCAGCUACUAUUUAAAUAAAAGAAAGGUGUGGAGAAGGAACAUUGAAAUAUGUAGCAUGGACAGCUGAAUCUUCUCUCUUUUACAAUGAUACCCUAAGAUGUGUAAGUAAUAGAGCAUCUGAUCCUUUACUGCGGCACUUACUAGGGACUUAUUUGAAGUGCUUAUCCACUGUUAGAUAAGUAGGUAAUGCUGCAGUAGUUGUAGAUUUUGAGGAAUCAAGCUAAGCUAGAAGGAUUGGUUCCAGUCUUCUCAUGUGUUCCAGUUACGUUAUCUGCAUGACUGUCCUUGAGUAUAAUUCCCUUCAAACAUGGGCCAUUAAAGAAUACAAAGUCUGAUGGGGUCAUCAUGGAGGCAUCUUGCUUAGUUGAUUCCGGGCCUAGAAAUUAAACUCUGAAAUUUGAAAUGGAUGCAGAUUUGGUUGGUGGAUAUUCUGAAUCUACAGGUUCCAGCCAGGUUAGCACUAGCUCAGGAAUAAAGGUGGAGGAAGUUGAUGCCGAUGGAGCUCUUGACCCUUAUUCAGGAAGUAUUCAUGGAGAUGGUGGGACUAAGCAGGUUGCACAGGUUGAUAUUUCUACACCUCUAGUUCUUGCUGAGGUCGUGAGCUCACCAUUCAGAGGGACUCAGGGUAGGUCAGCAGUUUGGGAUUUUUUUGAAAUUCCCCCUGGCCACACCGCUGGUAACUCUGUUGUGGUCAUCUGCAAAAUAUGCGGAGCCCUAGUGAGACGAGGAAGUCCUGGGUGUCGAUUGGGGACCACCUGCCUUUUUAAUCAUCUUAGCAGGGUCCAUGGGAAGCAUCUGCAUAGGGGGCCUGCUGCCAACCAAGCAUUGCUACCCCAAAAUUCUAAUUCCCUGACUUCUCCUGCAGAUGGCAGUAGGGUCACUGGGUCUUCCACCUCUGCUCAUGCAUGGAGCAGGGAGGUGUCUUCCACAGAGAUGAUGUUAAUGAACCGCAGGUCUAACAGGCAACAGACAAGGAAGACCUUCGUGCCUGUUCCUCUCAGACAUCAGCCCCAUGCACCCUGUAGACGGCAGGAAGUGAACCAGGGUAUUAAGGAGUCAAGGGAUCGGAGUGGCAGUCGGUUCUCUGCUCACCAGCGGGCAUUAAUGGCACGGUUGUAUUCAGAUGUGCUGAUCCAUUGCGAUCUGUGCCAUGUAUUGUUAUCGUCAGGAGAGCGAGAUCAGCAUGUUCGGGACACAAUCAUCAUGACUCAUAUGAGGUCUCAGCAUCCUCAACGAUUCUGUCGUUUGGAACGUGAAGCUGCUCGAGACCUUCUUCGUGGUGACCUAGUGCUCUGUUCCACGGAACAUAACCCUAAUUGUGAUGCGGGAGGUCCAAUUGACUGAAUCUCUAAUGCUUUGCCCCAUCUGAACAUCUCUUCAAACUCCUACUGCCACAAGGACAGGAAAGCUUUGGCCUAUGUUUGUAGUGCAGUAUUAUUCGAUCAUUUCUCCUAGAACAUAUGUGAUAUAGCUCUUCCACACAAUUAGAAUAAAGGGUCUACCAUUUCUGGGGGAUGGUUUGUUUAAGUAUAGGUCAACAAAGAACUAUGUUCGAAAUGCUACACGUGAUGUAUCUUGAGCUUCUGUAAAAUUUCAAAAUCCAUCAUAGACAUUUAGCAGUGAAGAAUUGUGCCUCCAAAGAUGCCCCACGUAGUUUUCCAUCUCUUCUGCUGAUUCAUAGCACAUGCUCUGGGCUGCUGUUUAGAGACCCACUCACAGUAUAUACUGUAUACAAUAUAACAUUCCCAGUGCUAACCCCAGCCAUUUUUGCAGAAUUUGGAUUCAGUGGAAUUCCUAUUUUCUGAAUUUAAAAGAUUUUCUGAAUUUAAAAGAGUUUGAUUCGUUUCUAGUUUUCAACCAUUUUUUCAUUAUUG